CUCGCCCAUACUUUCCCCACCCCCUCUUAACUGCUGUUCCUUCACGUUCUUGUGCCCUAUCGCAUAAAAAGUUGUACAUUUGUCGCACGAUAGACCGAACCCCCCUUCACGCUCCUCGCCUCGUCUGCUUCGUGGAGUCGCAGCCUGAGCUGCGGAAAUAUGUGUGGCCAUACGCUUGUGUUUCAUCACUUCUCAACCAUCUCGACGACGUCAGAAACUGGUCGCGUUGUUUUUUUCCCGCGCGCCUGCUGCUGUGUGGCCGGAAAAAUACUUGUAGGGCAGCCAGGAUUUCCCCCACAGUUGGACACCUAGUCAACCAUCCUUCAGUCCGCCAACUGCCUUCUGGUCUGAGGUUCCGACUCCCGACACGGCAUCCCCAUCGCACGCUCGACUCGCCGACUGGACCGACGAGCGCUUCGGCGGGCCCCAGCAGCUCUCGAUGGGCCGGCAAUAAUGGCACAGUCCAAUGCGAACGCCAUCAUCGAUCCCCAGCUGCAAUAUCGUGAUCCGAGGCACAACUCACAUUCCUACUCGAACUCCGCCCGUGAGAGCGACGCUCGUCAUCCGCAGCACCACCUCUUCCCGCAUGCCCAGCACCAACAUGGCGGCAGUGGGGUCCCGUUCGCCCAGGUACAUACCGUUCACCAGCCGUUGCAGGGCCCGCACCUCGUCGAGCCACACGAGCGCGACGAUGAGUCGGUAGGUGGAGACGACUCACCAGAACAUGGCAAUCCCGACGAUGCGGGACAUGGGAAUGCAAGUGAACUGGGCAAAACUCCUGAGAAGCGGCCCCGCGCAUGCGACUCCUGCCGCGGCCUCAAGGUCAAAUGUAUAAUAGACCCGGCAUCAGGCCUGCCGUGCAAGCGAUGCGCGAAGGCGCGGCGCCAGUGUAUAGUUACCCCACCGACGCGAAAGCGACAGAAGAAGGCAGACGGUAGGGUUGCAGAGCUUGAGCGCAAGAUAGAUGCGCUGACAGCAACCCUUGCGGCAAGAGAGGCUUCAGUCUUUGAAGGAGGCAUACAGCUUGACCAGUUGACGACUGAGGCUAAAUCACCAUUUGCUCAUCGUUCUCCUCAAUAUGUUGCCGACCGCAGGUUGCUAGGAACAGAAGCGGCAUCUCCGCAGCUCAAGAGGCAGGAGAUAAGGCCCAACGAGGGCUCCGACAAACGAAGGCGCUUAGAACGACUGGAUACCAAUCGCAUACAGAACAAUGCAGACGAUUCAAACAACCUCAUGCCGACGCCGAGCUCAGACCCUGAGGGAAAGGGAAGCAUUUACAACCAGCAGAAGCCAGAAACAUUUGACCAUGGUGAUAUCAAUCAGAAGAUUGACGAAAUUGUCGAUCCAGAGACGGCCGAGCGACUAUUCGACCGUUACGUCAACGUUGUCGUGCCUCGCUUUCCGGCAGUACCUUUCCCUCCAGGCACGAAAGCAAGCAAAAUUCGAAAGGAGAAACCUGUUCUAUUCCUAGCCAUCCUAAGCAGCACUUCGUUCGGUACUGGAGUCUCAGAUAAGGCGCAGAAGAAAUUGGAAGCGGAGUUGCGCGAUGUCUUUGCAAAAGCCAUGUGGAAGCAUGGCGAGAAGAGCUUGGAACUUGUUCAAGCAUUGCAGGUUGCAACCCUGUGGUAUCGGCCACCAGCGAACUUUGAACAGCACAUGUUCUAUCAGAUGGUGCAUAUGUCCGCCGUCAUGGCCAUCGAUAUCGGCAUUGGCAAGAGAAUGAGUCCGUGGAAGCAGAAAUGGUUUGGAGGCGAACCGCCACCUAGGAGGAUACCCUACUUCUAUGAUAGCAUCGAAGCGAAGCGCGCUUGGGUUGUUUGCUACUUUCUUUGCAUCAGCAUCACGAUGAUUCUCCGACGGCCGAUUCUAGUACGGUUCACUGAAUAUAUGAAGGACUGUAUUGAUAUUCUGGAAACGUCCGAUGACGCGCUGCCGUCCGACAAAAUGCUUUGUCAGCAUGUACGGAUAGCUCAUAUCUGCGAGGACAUUGCUACGCAGUUUGCAAUGGAUGACCCGGCGAUCAAUUACACCGUGACGGACCGCAAUGUCACGUUCAGUAUCAAACAUUACGAGAAAGCUCUGGCGGAAAUCCGCGGUGCUGGGACGCAAGACUACGCGUUACGACUCGCGGAGCACGUCACAAAUCUCUACCUCCACGAAAUUGCGCUUCAUUCUCAGAGCAACGUAGAUGAUUUCAAGGGCCCGUGGAUUCAGGAAACCUUCAAGACUGCAGUAGGAGACAUAGUUCUUGGUCCAGAGCAUAUACGCGCUCUGACUGCAUGUCAGCAGUCAUGCCGGGACAUUCUAGAUACUUUCCUAUCUUAUGAUUUUGAGGUAAUAUACGUUCUCCCUGUAAUUUUCACGGGCGUUAGGGUUAUCUAUGCCGUUGUAGUCAUCAUCAAGCUGUACAUUGCAGCUAACUCACCCGGGGAAAUGGCGAGUGUAAUCAAGAAAGAAGAGCUGCAGGUCGAAGCAUAUUUGGAUAAACUACAGAAGGUAUUCAGGAGAGUAAUGGACAAGGACGCAUUAAGUCCUCACGUAAAAUUUUUAUGGGUAAUUGAGCGCUUGCAGGAAAGAUGGCAAAACAUCAAGCACAGCAAGAGCACCGCAGGAAUAUGCAGGAGCAACGGAAGGGAGACCCCUCAAAGCGUGACGGAAUCCAAGAUGCAAUUAGCGAAAGAAGAAGAUACAGACAGAAAGUCGACUACGAGCAUGCCGGCGCAAGGCUUGCAUUUGCUCAGCGAGGUUGCGAUGAGCGGUAACGACCAGCGGCAGGCGAGCAGAGUCUCACAACCGCAGACGGAUGGCAAUACUGGCACUACAAUUCUCGAGUCCCAGGCUUCACAUCCACAAACGCAAAGCUGGGAUUUUGCACAUCAUCACACCGCAGCCCCAGCAGCGGCUGCGCACAUGAACCUCCCAAUGGACCCGAACGCAUACCUGUACACUGGCAACGCAAAUGGUUAUGAUGGAUUCGAUUACGGGAUCGGUUCGCUGGGGAUGAGUAUGGAUGGAGCAAUUUCAGGCUUAUUUGUUCCGGAUGCCAUGUGGAGUUUUGGCCCACAAGGCCCACAGCACGAUCCAAACAAUCCUCAGAUUCAAUUCCCGACUUGGCAAUGAACGAAAAUCGGUAUGAACAUUGGGGAAAGAUUAUGGUUCUUUGUCUCACGUCGUCCGUCCUAGCAACUUUCCCAAGGUUUGAGGACCCGUGGACUGGACGACUGUUUGACGCAUAUCGUUGGCGAUUUCCGGCGUAAUCGCAUCGUUCAGUUUGAUCAUCUGCAUCACGAAAGGAACUGUCGGCGUAAUUUUUUGGCAUAAUUCAUAUUCGUUGUAUCCCCUCAUCAUUAGCAUUCCAGCUAAAGAUUGCAUUCCAAAUUCAGGAAGGUGUACAGAUUUUUCACACCGCGCAUCAUCAUGAUGAUAUGAGACAUUCUUCUUUGCUUUUUUGAAAGUUUAAACUUGAAUUUAUAUGUACGAUAGAAAAAUGCUCGGAGCAACGGCCGAAGCGAGCGAAGAUUGCGUUCUCUUCGUCAGUCGCGAUUUUGAUAUAAUGUCACAGGCUUAUGUUAUGCCG